UCAACUUAAAGCAAUGAGGUCCAGAAAAUUUAUUUUUUUGAAAAUAUGUACGUUUAUGAUCGCGAUAAGUGUGUGCAGUAGUGAUAGUAACAACAUGCGUUUGAAGGAUGUGCUACGGGAUUCGGCUGGAUACGGUAACAACAAUGAUAAUAGAACAGAUGGAAAUAACAAUGACUUUGACGAAAACGACUUCAAAGGUGCAACAAAUAGAAUGAUGAGCAGAUGCUCCUCCAACAGUAACUCUGACAAUAACAACAAUAGAAACAACGGGGAUAGCAACAACUAUAACAGAGGAAGGUACCGUGCCAAAAGAGAAUCGUCGGAGGUAUUUAAACGGUAUAAUCAAAGUUACAACUUUUAUAGGAAUUACGGAUACGAGAACGACCGGAACAAUGAAUAUGGCGACAGUAACAAUCGUUACAAUAAUGGAAAUGGCUAUAAUGGAAACAAUGGCAACAGUGACGGCCAAAAUGAUGAUAGAUAUUACAAUAACGGAUAUAACAACUACGGAGGAUCCUACAGUGACAACAGAGAUAGAAAUAAGAACUGUGACAUGCCUUACGAUAGGGGAGGCAAUGACAGAUCAUCUAGUGGGUAUGGAUAUUCCGAGUAUGGUAGAGGAUAUUCCAAUAGUAACAACCAAGGAACUAAUAACUAUGAUAGUAGGAAUCGAGACUCUAACAGAGACUCUAACAGCAGAUCUGGUGGAUAUGAGGAUGGCUAUGGAAGAUCUAUGAUGAGCUAUCAAACUAGUAAUUAUAACAGGAGACCAGAUAGCGGAUAUUUUGCUGUUAGAGGCUCUAAUAGCAAGAUACGGCUAAAGCGAUACAAUAAAAGAGAUAAUGACAACCAGUGCGUCAGCCAGUGCAUUUUUGGAUAUAUGGAAUUGCUUGAUGAUGAUCAAGUUCCAUCAGAAACAGCUGUCAUAAAAUGGGUACAGGACCAUAUAGCGGAUGACGAUUUGAAAAGAAUUAAGACGCUGCGGGAAAUCAGAAAAUGUUUUGGGCGGUUGUCAACUAAUGAUAUUCAAGACGGAUGCGAAUAUUCUAAAGAAUUAUCUAGAUGUCUGAAUCUUGAGUUAGAGUGAUUAAUAGCCAUAUUUCUUAAAUGUGCGACUGUUAUGUAUUGCAUUGUAUACUUAUUCCUAUUUUGUAAGCCUACUUAGGA